AUGUCAGUCUUUCUUGACCAGUGCCCGUAUGGGUGGACUCUUUUGAUCGCAGGUGAAAAUGCCAUCAAUCCUUGUGUCUUUGAAUACCUUAUGCUUUCGAACGUUGUCAUAAUGAUGCCAUUUGGGUUCUAUCAACUGUGGUCAACCAUGCAAAAACCAGCCCCUGGUAAAAUCAAAUACAAUAAAAUUGGUGCUCUAGGACUGCUUAGAGUUAUCGCUACAUUACUCCAAGCUGUGCUUUUGCUGUCUCAAAAAGACCAGCUUUAUUUCUUUGCUAAUGGUUUAAUCAUCUUAUUUGUCACACUACCUUUAACAUUUUUUGCACUGUUCAAAAAUCCUGUCGCUAGUGGCUCGGUUAUUUUCUACUGGCUAUUCCAGAUGGUUGUUUAUGCUAUUGCUGCUUGUCAAAAUAUCCUCACGGUUUACAAAGUUGCAGACGAUAAUCCAGUUAUUAUGUAUGUGGUGUUGCCAAAUGCUAUUCAUUUGUUCGUUUCAAAUGCUUUCCUGUACACACCAGUUCAUGAAGUUGUGAAAGAAUCACUCGAAAGUGGUUUGUUGCACGCUAAUAUUUUAUCCAAGUUAACAUUUUUUUGGAUGAAUGAUUUGAUCAAGAAAGGUUACAAUAAUGAACAAAUUACCGAUGAGGACUUGCCAAUCCCACCUGCCCAGCUAGAUCCUGGUAAAUCAUAUAAUGAUUUAAAAAAAGUCUGGGAAAACCAAGAAAAUAAAUCUUUGCUUUUUGCGUUGUCAAAGGUUUUUGGUUUCACUGUGGUUACUGCUGUGUUUUAUGCUGUCUUGGAUGAUAUUUUAUCCUUUGCUGAACCUCAAUUGUUGAGACUAUUGAUCAAAUUUUUUGAUGAGGAUCAACCUCUUAUUGUUGGUUUCUUGAUUGCUUUUGGGAUGUUCUUUGUUUCAGUGUUGGAAACUGCUCUUUUUAACAGAUUCUUCAUUUCCAUUUACGAAGCUGGGUUAGGUACUAAAUCUGCUUUGAUGACGCUGAUUUAUAACAAAGCGCUAAAACUUUCUCCAGAAGCAAGAAAAGAACGGUCUACGGGUGAUAUCAUCAAUCUAAUGUCAGUGGAUGUGAACAGAAUUCAAGAUUUGACUAAUCAGUUCCAAAUGAUGAUUUCCGCUCCUGUCAAAUUGGUCCUUUGUCUUGUUUCACUAUAUGCUUUGCUAGGGAAAUCUACUUUUGCUGGUAUCAUAACUAUGGCUAUUGCUAUACCUCUCAAUACAUUGGUAUCCAGAAGGUUAAAAGGAUUACACAAAACACAAAUGAAAUAUAAAGAUGAAAGAACUCGAACCACUUCGGAAAUGCUUUCAAGUAUUAAAAGUAUAAAACUUUAUGCUAUUGAAACUGCUAUUCUAGAGAAAUUGGAUUAUGUUAGAAAUGUUUUGGAACUUGGAAACUUGAAGAGAAUUCGAAUCUUCUCUGCAUUCAUGGUUUUUUCUUGGAAUUGCGUACCUUUCUUUGUGAGUUGUUCAACUUUCACUGCUUUUGCUUUAAUUGAAAAUAGACCUCUAUCACCAGAAAUUGUUUUUCCAGCAUUGUCAUUGUUUAACCUUCUUGCUGAUCCGGUUUAUGAAAUUCCAUCAAUUAUAACAGCUCUUAUUGAAACUUCAGUCGCUUUCCAAAGAAUCACAAGCUUUUUAUUGGGUGAAGAAUUGGAUGAAGAACUCAUAAACUAUUACGAAAAGGUUGAUGCUGCUGGUAAGACCACGGUGAAAAUUUCGAAUGCCACUUUCCUAUGGGAAAACCCACCUCAGUUGAAAAAGAAAGAUUAUGAUGAAGAGUCUGCCGUUUCAGAGUCAAAAGUUGCACUUAAAAUAGAUUCCUUUGUUGCAAAGAAAGGAGAGCUCACUUGUAUUGUCGGUAGAGUGGGUGCUGGUAAAUCAACCUUUCUUCAAUCUAUUUUAGGUCAGCUACCUUGUGUUGGUGCUGAUAAUAAUAACAAACCAGAAGUGGAUAUCCAUGGUUCAAUCGCAUAUUGUGCCCAAGUUCCAUGGAUCCUAAAUGCGUCAGUCAAAGAUAAUAUUCUUUUUGGUCACAAGUAUGAUGAUAAGUACUACCAUAAGACUAUUGAGUGUUGUCAGUUAUUACCAGAUUUGGAUAUUCUACCGGAUGGUGAUGAAACUCAAGUUGGUGAAAAGGGUAUUUCGUUAUCUGGUGGUCAAAAGGCUCGUUUGAGUUUGGCAAGGGCGGUUUAUGCAAGAGCUGAUAUCUAUUUACUUGAUGAUAUAUUGUCUGCUGUGGAUGCUCAUGUUGGGAAAAAUAUCAUUUCUAACGUUAUCAAUGGUUUGUUAUCUACUAAAACUAUCAUUCUAUCUACAAAUUCCAUCACUGUUUUGAACCAUGCUAAUAACAUCCUAUUGUUAGCUGAUGGUAAAAUUGUUGAAGCGGGUUCAUUCAAAGACGUUAUGGGAUCGGGCUCUAAAUUAUCAACUUUGAUGACUGAAUUUGGAGCAAAAUUUGACGAUGAUGCAAACGAUGAAGAUGAAUUACCAUUGGAAAGAACUAAAACUACAGAAACAGUGAGAAGAGCCAGUAUUGCAAGUCUAAAAAUACGUCCAGCAAAUAAAAAGAAACAAAGAACUGCCCAAGAAGAAGAAAAGUCAGCUACUGGUAAAGUUUCAUUUGCAGUCUAUAAAGCGUACGCUAAAGCUUGUGGUAUACCCGGUAUUAUUGUUUUCCUAGCUUUUUUGAUGUCUGCAGUUUUAUUUUCAAUCAUAGGAAACUAUAGUUUGAAACAAUGGUCUGAAAGCAACCGUAAAAACGGUUCAAACAAAGAUGUUUUCAAGUAUGUUGGUAUUUAUACCUUCUUUGGGAUUGGAUCUGGUUUUUUGACGCUAGGUAGAACUAUCACAAUGGGUGUUUUCUGUGGUUUGAGAGGAUCUGUUGUUUUGCAUAACAAAAUGUCGAGAGCUGUGGUUAGAUCUCCUAUGUCAUUUUUUGAGACUACACCAAUCGGUAGAGUCUUGAACAGGUUUUCAUCUGAUAUUAAUAAGGUUGAUGAGGGUUUACCUGGAGUCUUUUCUUUCUUUUUCACUUCAUGCGCUAAGGUUUUUUUCACAUUAGGUUUCAUUGGUAUAACCAUGCCAUCAUUUUUGUUGGUUAUUGCUGUCCUUUCGGUUCUUUACAUCUACUAUCAAAGGUAUUAUGUUGGUACUUCAAGGGACUUGAAGAGAAUUGUUAAUGUUUCUAGAAGUCCAAUCUUUGCCCAUUUACAAGAAUCACUUUCUGGUUAUGAAACAAUCAGGGCAUAUCAGCAACAGCCUAGAUUUCAAUUCUUACAUCUCACCAAUCUUGAAUCUAACUUGAAAAGUUUAUACAUUUUUAGAUCCAUUAACAGAUGGCUUUCAGUUAGACUACAAUUCAUUGGAUCAAUUAUUAUUUUCACUACAGCAUCAUUAGCGAUCACCAACCAUUUAAGUUCUGGUAUGGCAGGUCUUCUUAUUAGUUUUGCUUUACAAAUCACAGGUUCAUUGAACUGGAUUGUUAGAAUGACUGUUGAAGUUGAAACAAACAUUGUUUCCGUGGAAAGAAUCAUGGAGUAUUGUGAGUUGAAACCUGAAGCUGAAGAAAUUAUUGAACCUAGACCACCAAAAGUUUGGCCAAGCCAUGGUAGUGUUAAAUUUGAAAAUAUUUCAGCCAAAUAUAGAGAGAACUUGGAUCUUGUUUUGAAAAAUGUGUCACUGGAUAUUAAACCAAGAGAAAAAGUGGGUAUAGUUGGAAGAACUGGUGCAGGUAAGUCCUCGUUGAUGUCGACAAUUUUCAGAUUAAUUGAGCCAACGGAUGGUAAAAUAUUUAUAGAUGGUUUGGAUAUAGGCAAAAUUGGCUUACAUGACUUGAGAAGUAACUUAGCUAUUAUACCCCAAGACUCUCAGUCAUUUGAAGGUACAGUUAGACAAAAUCUUGAUCCAUUAGAACUGCACACUGAUGAAGAACUAUGGAGAGUUCUUGACCUUUCCCAUUUAAAGAGCUUCAUUCAAAACUUGGAUAAAGAUAAUGAAGAUGGUCAUGUUGGUUUGGAAGCUAAAUUAUCGGAAGGUGGGUCGAAUUUGUCAGUUGGUCAAAGACAACUGUUAUCACUUGCUAGAGCUUUAUUAAACCCAUCAAAGGUUUUGAUCCUGGAUGAAGCUACUGCGUCUGUUGAUGUUGAAACUGACCAAAUUGUUCAAAAAACAAUAAGAGAAGCAUUCAAAGAUCGUACUAUUUUGACUAUUGCCCAUAGAAUUGAUACUGUGUUGGAUAGUGAUAAAAUUGCAGUUCUGGACCAAGGUCAGGUAAAAGAAUUUGAUACCCCAGAUAAUUUAUUGGCCAACAAAGAAAGUAUGUUUUACCAGCUUUGUUCACAAGGUGGCUACAUAAAGGAGGAUAUAUAA